GGCUGGAUCCUGCAGACCCAUUCCUGGAUGAAAUCGGCCUGCUACAAUAAAGCCGCCGUCCUGCAAGUCUGGGACGGAGGAAGGAGAAGAGGGAGAGAGUGGUGGGGAUUCGGCAUGGACAUCAUCACGCAGCUGCAGGACCAGCUCGACGAGAUGGCCGUGCUGGCCGUCAACACCUUCGGCACGCUGCAGAGGGACGCGCCGCCGGACCGCCUCUCCAGCAGCUACCCUGACCCGCUCAACCCCAACCCUAAGCCCGAGGACGACUCCAAACCCCAGGUCCAGGCCCAGCCCGGCGCGCCGCCGCCGCCACCGGCGCAGGCGCAGGCGCAGGCGCAGCCGCCCGCGCCUGACCUCACCGAGCAACCCAAGGCUAUGAGCCGCGCCCUCGUCCUCGCGGCCAAGAAGUUUGAUGCACUUGUUGCAGCAGUGCCACUAUCAUCAGAAGAGGAUCAAGUGAAAAGAAUCCAAGAGCUACAGGCAGAGAAUGAAGUCGUGGGACUGGAGCUCCAGAAGCAACUUGAAGCUGCCGAAAGGGAGUUGAAGCAGGUUGAGGUGCUGUUUAAUGAAGCAACAGACAAUUGCAUAAAUUUUAAGAAGCUAGAUUAAUUACGUUAAUCAGGUUUGCUGAAAAGAAACUGUUCCUGUGGAUGGAGUGUGGAGGAUGAAUGCCAGUAAGAACUUUAUAUUCCGUCUUUUCAGAUUCUCUACUAGUGAACAAUAAUUGCACUUAGCUUUUGUGUACUGGCAUUCUGAUCUGCCGGAUUAGGAUUGACCUUUGGUUGUAAGGUGCAAUGUUUUUAGUAUGAACUGACGCUUGAACUGUGGUGGUCUUUUUAAUGGAUCUGGCACCUGGCUUCCUCUGGGAUUUCUUCUAUA